AAUGAUAAGCCAUAACUGUUAUGAAACAUUUUUUUCUAAAUAGAAAAAAAAUCUUGACUAAAAUCAGCAGAAGUUCGAAAAACUUGUAAAAAAUCCGAUUAUUUUCCUCGGGUUUUGAACGCAGCGUGCUCUUUCUUCCCCGCCCGCCCUGAACGCCUCCAUUGGACUGCAGGGACCGCUACUAUAAACACACGAAGAGUUGCAGCGAGAGAAGAAGAGCACAUCUUUGGCUAAUCUGCACAACUUUCCCCAAAGUUUUGCGCAGUUUCUGUGCGCCAUGAGAGCGUGGGAACAAAAGGAGUCCAGAAAGAGCAUCUGUUUGUGGACGCGCGGCAGCUUUGGUGGCGUUUUCUCUCAAUCUUUAUUUUGUUUGUUUGUUUGAGAAGACUGUCGAGAUCUGCGCUGCUCAGUUGGAAUUAAAUUAAACUACUUUAAAAAGAUUUCCUGAGGAUUAAAUCCACUCCGCAGCGAAUCGCUUCCAGACCGAGAAGAAGAUUUGGAAUGUAGCGCAAAGAGAAAAAAGGACCUGGUGAUCCGUUCCUCGUCAUCGUCCUCUUCUCCGGACAGCCUCGGGAAUGGGCCAGCACCUUGCCUGGGUGCAUCUCUCCGCCCGGUGGUGUGGCUGGCGUCGCGCGAGAGUGAGGAGGCCAGCAGCCAGGUCGUAGAGCCCGCCCACUCCGCUCUCCGCUCGCUUGAUCUCGAGUGACUUUUGACCCUUGACUCAGUCGUGACCCCACCUUGACCAGCCAUGCCAUUUGGGUUGAAGCUGCGGCGCACACGGCGCUACAAUGUCCUGAGCAAGAACUAUUUUGUUACACGGAUCCGCCUGCUGGACAACAAUGUGAUUGAAUGCACCCUGUCAGUGGAGAGCACAGGGCAGGAAUGUCUGGAGGCGGUAGCCCAAAGACUGGAACUGCGGGAGACGCACUACUUUGGACUGUGGUUCCACGGGAAGACCCAGGCCCCGGCCCAGCGCUGGGUGGAACUUGAGAAACCCCUCAAGAAGCAACUGGACAAGUUUGGCAAUGAACCUUUGCUCUUUUUCGGGGUCAUGUUCUUCGUUCCCAAUGUGUCCCGGCUGGAGCAGGAAGCCACCAGGUACCAGUAUUACCUCCAGGUGAAGAAGGAUGUCCUAGACGGGCGCCUGCACUGCAACAUGGAACAGGGCAUCAGACUAGCUGGCCUAGCAGUUCAAGCCGACUUUGGAGACUUCAAUCACUUCCCGUCUCAGGACUUCCUCAGGGAGUACGUGCUUUUCCCCGUGAACUGGCCCAACGGAGACGAAGUGCUGGAAGAAUGGACGCAAAAAGUCGCAGAAGAGCACAAAAGUCACUGUGGAAUGCAAACGGCGAAAGCAGAGCUGCUGUACAUCAAGGAGGUGGAGAAACUGGAUGGUUUUGGGCAGGAAAGCUUUCCUGCAAAGGACAACUACACCAACGACAUUUUCAUUGGAGUGUCUUUUAUUGGAGUGUUUGUCAAACACAGAAAUGGCAGGUCCAUCAUGCUCCACAAGUGGAAGGACAUCGGUACCAUAGCACACAACAAGUCCGCCAUCACAGUGGAGAUAAUGAGCAGAGACGACACCAUCGCAUUUCACAUGAUAGCGUUUAUCAUGAUGACCCGUACUACAAGUCAGAAACCAGUCUGGACCGCUGCCCAGUGGACUUCACCUUCAGGAAUGGGACGGUCCCCAACGGCAGCAUGUACAGCAGCCCCAGCCUGGGCUCCCUCAACCGAUCCCAGACUUUCGUCCCGCCCUCGCCUAUGUCCUCCAACCUCAGCAUCCCCGGCAGCGAGCUCAUGCGCCCCGACUACAUCCCCAGCCACCGCCACAGUGCCAUCAUCGCUCCGUCGUACCGGCCCACGCCGGAGUACGACGCCGUCAUGCGGCAGAAGCAGCGCGUCCUCCACGCUCCUCAAGACCUCCACAGCCAGUCGCUGCGCAGCCUGAACAUUAGCAACGCCUGCGCGUACCGGCAGCCCGAGGCUCUCGUUUACAGUCAGCCGGAGAUUAGGCAGGGGGGGCCUUAUCAUGGUUUGGGCCCCAAUCCUGGAACGUACACUCCUCAGAUCAGCUACAGUAAGCCGGUGUGCCACGGACCCCACCAAGGCGGACCGGCCAGCAGUCAGGUCCCACUUUACUCAUCCUGCACCAAUGGAGGCGGGGGCAGCAGUGACGGCGUCGGAAGCUCGAUCUCGCACACUGUCAGCACGCCCGAGCUGGCAAACACCAAGCAGCAGGGCACCAGCGCGGGAAGCCACGCGGCCACCGCCAACAUGCUGAGGAACCACAUGCUGCGCCCUCCUCCGCCGUACCCCUCCAGCUCCUUCCGCCCUGCCACCAGCACGCCGGACCUCGCCAGCCACCGCCUCCGCUGCAUCGGCGGCAGCAGCCCGGAGCUGGUCACCCGCAUGGUGCAGCUGUCCGUCAAGACCUUCCAGCCGGACAGCAUAGCCGUGGUGCACCAGUCGCUGCAGGAGGUCAGCGAGCCGUUAACGGUCGCCGCCAAGCACCGUUCGACCCUCGGCAAGAGGCACAGCAUGGAGGUCAUCAGCAGCAUGAGAGGGGGCGGAGGCGGGGCAGAGGGCCCGGCGAUGAAGGGUUUGAACGCCCCGCUACUGCGCAGGAAUACUCUCAGAGAGCACGUGAUGCCCGCUCAGCCGCAGCCCAUCCCCCAAACGCAACCUCAGCUGCAACCCCCCCCUCAGCAGCCGAAGGACCUGCAGAAGCCUGCGCAGACUGUCCCCGAGCCCCCCGCUAAUCCCCCCGCCACCACGGCCUAUCAGCAUCAGAAGACUCUCUCCAACGCCACCAUGCUCAUACACAGCAGCGAGAGCGAAGAGGAGGAGGAGGAAGAGGAGCGGCCCGAGCUGGACGUUCAGAUCCCAGGACUCAACGAGCAAAUCAGCAUCAGCGCUCAGCUCCAAGCCGCUCUGGCCAAACUGCCCAACAAACCUCCCCCGGAGUACCCGGGACCCCCCGGCAGCGCCCAGAUCCCCCCUUACAGCCACCCGGCCAACCACCACCCCGCCCCACACUGCAGCCAGGGAGCGGCGGACGCCGAGGAGUCACACAACACUGGACACAGUCAGGGAGCGGGCGGGACGCUCACCAGGGGGGACCAGAGCGGGGUGAACGGAGCCGUUUUGGGUCCGUCCAUUUCAGAACCGGACCUGACCAUCGUGAAGGAGCGGGUGAGGAAGGAGCCGGUCAGAGAGAGGCCCGUGUCGGAGAUGUUCUCCCUGGAGGACAGCAUCGUGGAGCGGGAAAUCGCUCAGAGGACACUGGAAAGACAGAAGAUGUCCGUUGACUCCAUUAAAAGACCGCUGAUGAUGGCCGCCCUCAAUGGCCUUUACGUGGCUCGGAUGCCGGUUCCCGAGAGUCCGUCGGAGGAAGGCGCCAAGUCUCCCACAGACGAACGGUGUCAGACUCUGGAGUUGAAGCUGGAGGAGGAGCGCGUCUUCACCGAGUACGAGCAAGUGCCGAAGAAGAGGGCGGACUGUGUCGUCACGACUGCAACGCUGCCCGAAAACACAGAGCGCAACCGUUUCCGGGACGUCGUCCCUUACGAGGAGAACCGGGUGGAACUCGUACCCAACAAGGAGAACAACACGGGCUACAUAAACGCCUCCCAUAUCAAGGUCAUGAUCAGGGGUGAGGAGUGGCACUACAUAGCUACCCAAGGCCCGCUAGCCAACACUUGUGGAGACUUCUGGCAGAUGGUCUGGGAGCAGGGGGUCAGCGUCAUUGCCAUGGUUACUGCAGAGGAGGAGGGUGGACGAUCUAAGAGUCAUCGCUACUGGCCCAAACUGGGCUCCAAACACAAUUCCGCCACUCACGGAAAGUACAAGGUGACCACCAAAUUCCGCACCGACUCCGGCUGCUACGCCACCACGGGGUUAAAGGUCAAACACCUCCUCUCUGGUCAGGAGAGGACGGUGUGGCACCUGCAAUACACCGACUGGCCCGAGCAGGGAUGUCCUGAAUACGUCACUGGAUUUCUCUCUUAUUUAGAGGAAAUCCAAUCAGUUAGGAGACACACCAAUUCUAUGUUGGACACCUCAAAGAGCCUGAACCCCCCAGUGGUGGUGCACUGCAGCGCCGGGGUGGGCCGCACCGGAGUGGUCAUCCUGACCGAGCUCAUGAUCAGCUGUCUGGAACACAACGAGCCGGUGGAAGUUCCCACCAUGCUAUCGGAGCUGAGGCAGCAGAGGAUGCUGGUGGUGCAGACCAUCUCCCAGUACAAGUUUGUCUACCAGGUUCUCAUCCAGUUCCUCAAGAACUCCCGCCUCAUUUGACACCCCAUGAAGAGGACACUCAAAAGUAUUAGACUUUAAUCUGUAACUCAUUUAAAAUGCUUCAUCAAUUGUGUUAAAUUUGUUUUCAUAACAUCCAGGUGAGUUAACAGAUUUUUGUUCUUAGGAAGCAAAAUAAGAAAUCCCAGUUUCAGUUAUUUAAUGGUGUUAUGCUGCAUGACCAGCAGGGGGCGGCAGACUACACUGAAAGACUUUUGCCAAACAAGUGUUCAUCAAUCACCUCUUAUUUUAACAAAUUUACUACAGAAAGUAUUGGCUUCAAAAGUUGUAUUUUAUUUUACAAAGACUGAACUGAUUUAAUCACUUUUGCCCUCCUUAAACAUGCCAAAACAUUUGCUUAUACUUGACAUUUCCUUUCAUAAACACACCCAAAUUUACAAAUUCUUUGUAUUUAAAAAAGUUACUGUAUUUUAAAAAAAAAUAAGUUAUACAAAUAAUGCAUAGAAAACUGCCUACGCUCUCAUGGUGCCUUACUAAAAUAUAAACCCUGUUCCUUUUUAAUGUUUAAAUUAAGAUUUUACAGACAUUUUUAAAGGAUAAAAGUUACAAAUUAGAUACGGAAACAAAUAAGUCAUCAAAAACCAGAAAUCCGCUUUCCCUUACCCUUUUAUGUAAAAUACCACUCUAAAAAAUGACAUGAAAUGUACUUUUUCUACAUCUUUAAGAAUAAUCUGUACAUAAUGGCAUGUGAACUGUUUUAUAUAUGUCUUUUCUUGACUUGGUACCCUCAAAUACCGCAAAUUGUUAAACUAUGCAUGCUUUUUUUUAUAUAUAUAUAUAUUUCCAUGUAUAUAUUUCAGUAUGUUUAGUCUUUCGGAUAUACAAGUGUGUUGUUGCACUUCUCUGUUUGACAGUAUUUUCCUCACAAAGCAUUCCUUUGGCUUGUUUUUUUUUUAAUAUUUAUUUUUCCCCUUCAGUUUUUCGUUGUUUCUGGCCGAGCUCCUAAACACAUUUCACGUAUUGUGUACAUAUGUUUUUGUAUAUGCAUUUCCAGUGCAUUCAGAUUUUUCCUCCCCAGACAUGUAAGAAGCUGUUAUACCUGCAGUAAAAGCCUUAUUUUCUAUA